AUGACGGCAUCAAAGGGUGCAGCUGGCCACGCCGGAGUAAGGACUCUAGUGUGCAUGGUGCUCGUCGUCGUCGUCAACCUGCUGUUCAAUGAACAGAAGCUGGUAGACACAGGAAUCGGCAAUGCCGGACCGUUCGAGUACACGGCCGCUACUCGACGGAACCUCAGCGACCGCACGCGCUCCCGUCGCCAGCGACGAGCGCCACGCAACUUCUGUUCGGUGAACUGGACACGAGGCACGUUACUCGUCGUAGGCGACUUGCUACACGUCAAGAAGGAGGGUCCACCUCUCUCGGUCUUGGAGAAAACGAUGCCACACGUGAUGCCCGGCGGUCGCUGGUUUCCGACCGGUUGCACGGCCCGGUACCGAGUGGCUAUUGUGGUGCCCUACCGGGACCGGCUGAACAACCUGCAAGCCUUCCUGCAGCACAUGCACCCGUUCCUCCAGAGUCAGCAGCUCGAUUACGGCAUAUACGUCGUGGAGCAGAACGACACGGAAGGGUUCAAGCGCGCGAAGCUGUUCAACGCUGGCUACGAGAUAGUCAAGGCGAUGCACAAUCACAGCUGCUUCAUCUUCCACGACGUGGACCUGCUGCCGGAGAACAGGCGCAACAUCUACGCUUGCAAGAAAGAAGGCGGCUUCCACUUGCCUACCUGCAUCGACACGUGGAAAUACACGAUUAUGUAUCCGGGCAUAUUCGGAGGUGUGUGCGCCAUGAGCACCAAGCACAUGGAGAAGGUCAACGGCUUCUCGAACUUGUAUUCGAGAUGGGGCUGCGAGGACGACGACAUGGCGCGCAGGUUCAGGCUCCUAAGGCGCAGCUUCUUCCGCAAUUUCAAGGACGGCCUCAACAGCCUGAAGUACACCGUACUCGACAUCGUCUUCAAGAAGCUCUAUACCCACAUCACGCUGGACACCUCUGAUUCCGGCCCAAGAAGAGAACGAAAUAGCACGGGUGACUGAUCAAAGAUAUACAUGCAUAAGAACGAAGUACGUGCAAAGUCGGAACGAGGAUGUUGCAGUAUUUCGUAGAUAAGAGAGCGA